AUGGGCUACAGUGGCAAAAAAUCGAUAUUCACAUUCGAAGCGAAGUGUCCCCAUCCUAAAAAGACAUUUGAGAUGAAACUUCGGUCAACAUUAUUCACUUUGGCAAUGCUGCUCAGCAGUGCAUCCUCCACACCUCUGCCCAAUGAAGUCAGUUUUUAUAAAAACUUAAACGAAUUCACUAGGAAUAUUUUCUUUCAAAUUUUCCAAGGAAUAAAUGAAGAGUAUGGUGAAAAAAAUAUCAUAUUUUCCCCCUUCUCUAUACAAACAUGCCUAGCUAUGGCUCGUAUGGGGGCAACGGGAAGAACUGCCGCAGAAAUGGACCAACGUUUGGGUUAUGUUGGUCAAUCCACUGAAAAUAUUGCUGACAACUAUCACCGGGUCUUGACAAAAUAUAGAAAUAAUGACAUGGUUAAAAUUGCCAAUAAAUUCUAUGUAAUGAAGGGCUAUCAGGUUCAAAAUGCCUACAAUCAGACUCUUGCUACGAAGUUCUUCUCUUCUGCUGAAAAUAUUGAUUUCAGCCAAGGCAACAAUGCCGAAUGUGCCAUUAAUGCUUGGAUCAAAUCGUCCACCAAUAAUGCCAUUGAAUAUGUUCUGGAAGAUCAUGUAAUAACCAGUGACACUCGCCUGUUGUUGUUAAGCCUGAUUUAUUUUCAAGGCACUUGGAAGCAGCCCUUUGACCCGUCACUUACUACCGAACAAAAGUUCUAUACCGAUGAGAAAAACAGCAAACAAGUUUCCAUGAUGUAUAGAAUGGGCCAAGUGGAACACGUUUGGCUGAGUGACUUGGAGGCCAGGGCCAUUCGUUUACCCUAUCAGGAUACGGAUAUUUCAAUGAUUAUAGUUUUGCCAAAUGCACGUAAUGGUCUAAGCGGAAUGCUGGAGAAAUUUAAGUCUAUGCCAUUGGAAUCCCUGGCUAAAAGUUUUAAAUUUUCAGCUGAAAACGUUGAAAUACAUUUGCCCAAGUUCAAGGCUGCGUUUGACAUUGAAUUGAAGGAACUUCUUAAAAAAAUGGGUUUUUAUAAAAUGUUUGUUGGCGCAGAAUUUGCUAAUCUUUUGACAAAUCCUGAACCCCUGGCGGUUGAUGAUAUACUUCACAAGGCUGUCAUUGAAGUCAAUGAAGUGGGCACGAAAGCCGCUGCUGCCACAGCCAUAGAAGUUUUCAGACCAUCCAUGCCCAUUGAAUUUAAAGCAAACCAUCCAUUUUUCUAUGCCAUAGUAAACGCUGACUCGGUACCCUUAUUCACAGGCAUCUUUGUUGGACUCUAA